AUACAGAUGAAGCUGGAACAACCCGCCUGACCGCAAGCUCGCCCGCCCCGCUUAUGCCCAACCCAUCUGCGGAACAGUGCCCACGGCCACGGCACGGCUAAUUCCACCCUCCACUACACUAAACGACAACCUCACUCCAGACCCUCACCACACUCCAUCCUCUCCACCGCAUCAAUCACCACAACCACCACCACUGCCCCCCGGCGCACGCCUAUUGCGAACCUCCCCGCCAUUGCUGCAGCAUCUUUAUCCCCCCAUGGCCGUCUCCUAGUUGCGAUUGCCGGUCAACCAUGACCAGAAAAGAGAAGGAUGUUCGCAACAGCUCUGCGACGAGCUCGAGCACGGACAGCUGGAAGUCGACUGAGACCGUCAAAGGGCCCCCCAGCUCUAGCUCGCUCUUCCGGGGCCCAUCGCGACGAGGCAAUGCCAAUGCCAUGACCGUCCAGACUGACGGCAGUAACAAGUAAGUGAGAGCCACAACAUCACUCGUAUUCGAGAGCGAUAUUCAUAUUCUCCUCUUCCUUCACAACCCUCGAUUUCGAUUACUUUGUCUUGUCUUGUCUUGUCUCAAAGAAGCUGUCGGACCCUUGCGAACAUGUUCAUUGACUGACGGGUGCUUGCAUCGCCGCCUUCUCCCAGACCCGAGACAGAUCCUCAAGUUUCGCCAACCACUGCUGCUCCACGCACGGCAAUAUCCCCGUCCUCGCCGUCGUCUCCCAAUAUUUCCCCUCGGGACCAUCGAAUGAGCGAUUUUGGCAACUACCGUCGCGAUCUUGCAGUUCUCGAAACCGGAGGAGGACCCAUACCGAAGAUUCAACACAACCCCCCAACUGCGUUGGGAUCACCAAAUCAAAUUGCGCCUUGGAUGUCCUCGAACGGGACAGUGACCUCGCCGGCGAGCGCAUUUGGCACGAGUUUCUACAAUGACUCUAGCGACAAUCUAUCGCAAGGCUCGCAAUUGUCGCCUGGCUUCAGGCCUGGUACUGGCUUGACGGGGAACACAAAUGCGAGCGAUUCGCCUGCUGAUUUAUAUUUUGGAGAUGAAAGAAGGCCCUCAGUGGCCAGUGUGACGACGGCGAGCAGUCAAGGUUCGAAGUCGAGUGUAUCACGGCAGGGCAUACAUAAAAAGCUUCAGACUUUCUUUGGGGAGGACUUUCCAGGUCGAGAUGGCUCUGACACAAGCCUCCCAUCGCAUGGCAAGGACGCUCGAUCGCAUUCCUUUGCUCGUAGCCAUCGAGAGAGGAACCACUCGUCAGCCACGGACAGGACACAAAGAGAUGCAUCUCCAGGCUCGUCACGACCUAGAACACCAAUUCCCUCCAGUGACGUCGUCCCGUUUUUAUACCAAGACUCCCAGGACAUCCCCAAAUACGGAGAGGCACCUGUGCGAGAAAAACUCUCUGGCCCAGACAAAGGGCGAUAUACUGGCGAAGGUCCCCAGGUUCCGCCCAAGUCCUCCUCUUCGCGAUCAGGGCAUGUUCACCUGCCAGGCCACAGCCACAGGCAUAAUAAGAGCAACGAAGACGCCAGAGCUCUGCGGCCCUCGGUCAGUAGGGAGGAUUCGGGGUUCAGUUCCAGACAAGGAGCGCGUGCACCGACUUCGAUGGGUACGGCACUAGGGAAUUCUUCGAGUACGAGUCUGCCGAAACGGUCCAAUAGCCCAACACCGAGCGGCAUGAGCCAGUGGAGCGGAAAGACAGCUAAGCCGCCGCAGAACGAUGGAUCAACUUCACCAACCGGGGGUACGAAGCGGAGGAUUCUUGGGCGGUUUCGGAAACACAAGGAGAAGGACGAUCCACAGGCUCGACUGAAGGAACUACCCGGUUCAGUUCGUUCUUUCCAAACACCACCCCCCAAUGGCAAAGGCUAUGGAUCUCCUGAGUUUGGGCAAUGGGGUCGGGAGGGAAGUGUUGCUGGAUCAGAGAUCAACCUACCACGGAUUGACAAUGGCCAGUUUGGUGGAAGCAGCAGACCGAAUGGGUCAUCUCGUCAAGGAACAUUCAACAAAUUACCAUUCCGGAAAGGGAAAUCGAGGGCCACGGACGAUAUGGAACAAGUAGUUGACCCGAACGAGAGAGCUGCUGCGCCAGGAUCAAUCUUCAGUCUGGACACGAAUUUGUCGAAUAUGGAAGGUAUCCUAGCGAAGCCACCUCCGCUGACACCACUAGACAACAAUAUAUUCGUCGGCAAUGUAGAGGAUGAGGCGAAGAUUGAAGCAGAGAGCGCUGGAGGCAUGAAAUGGGAUGCUCCCGACAGUUGGGCAGUGAAAAAAGUUAACGAUGACAACAUGUCUCGCCUUGACGAGAUAGACGAAGCCGGAAUCCCACCCAAGGCCGACGAAAAAGCCGCGCCAUAUUGUAUCCGUAUAUUCAGGAUCGACGGUACCUUCGUUACUCUAUCAACGGCUCUGAACUCAACAGUCACUGAAAUCAUGAGCCAAGUAGGAAAAAAGACCUACAUGACGGACAGCUUGGAAAACUAUCAGAUCGUUAUGAAGAAGCAUGACUUACAGCGAAUUCUUGGAGCUGGUGAAAGGCCUGUUGUAAUCCAGAAGAGACUUCUAGAACAGGCUGGUUACGAGGAGAACGACAGGAUUGAGGACGUUGGGAGAGAAGACAACAGUUACUUGUGUCGAUUUUCCUUUGUACCAGCAAGAGAAAGCGGCUAUGCCUCUGUCACCAAUGAUCCAGGAGUCAGUCGGGUACAGAAAUAUAGCCAUGUCGAUUUGUCUGGCCGCAACUUGAUCACCAUUCCUAUCUCUCUCUAUUCAAAAGCCUCCGAAAUCAUCUCUCUUAACCUCUCGCGGAACUUGUCGCUGGAUCUGCCAAAGGACUUCAUCCAGUCAUGUCAGAAUUUGCGCGACAUCAAAUUUAUCAACAAUGAGGCAUGGAAACUACCACCCAGUCUCAGCAGAGCUAGCCGUCUUACGAUCCUCGACGUGUCCAAUAAUAGACUAGAACAACUCGAACAUGCCGAGUUAUCGAGACUUCAGGGUCUUAUUAGUCUCAAGCUUGCAAAUAACCGCUUGAGGAGUCUUCCAACAUACUUCGGGGCGUUCAAAUCGAUGAGAACGCUAAAUAUAUCCUCGAACUUUUUAGAUUCAUUCCCAAACUUUCUCUGUGACUUGGAAGGUCUUGUGGACAUCGACAUGAGUUUCAAUGGUAUCUCAAGUUUACCUGAUGAGAUUGGGAGGCUGAAAAACUUGGAACGAUUUGUCAUUACGAACAAUCGACUGAAUGGAUCUCUCCCGGCCACUUUUGGGGAACUGAUUAAUAUGAAAGAAGUGGAUGUCCGCUACAACGCCCUCUCCAGUAUCGAUGUCAUUGCCAAAUUACCCAAGGUUGAACAGAUUUCUGCUGAUCACAACUCGGUCUCUGUUUGCGAAUCGGAAUUCACGAAAAUUCGGGUGCUUCGUCUCAACUCAAACCCUGUUACCAAAUUCGAAAUACUCAACGCCGUCCCAACAUUGACAACGCUCAUUCUGUCAAAUGCUAAACUGGCACAUAUUCCGGAUGCCGCAUUCGACAAAAUGCCGAAUCUGGUCAAACUGGUUCUGGACAAAAACCAUUUCGUCUCUUUACCCAGCCAUAUUGGUAAGCUGAGAAAACUGGAACAUUUCAGCAUUGCUCGGAAUUCAUUGAGCAGUCUACCUGCCGAGAUUGGCUGUCUGACAGAAUUGCGCUUUCUUGACGUUCGGGAAAACAAUUUGAAGAAAUUACCGAUGGAGCUGUGGUGGGCAAAUAAGCUGGAAACACUCAAUAUUUCCUCGAACGUGCUGGACAACUUUCCAAAGCCAGCUUCUCGAGCUCCUCAGGUGCCAGGUGAUGCUUCUGCUGCUAAUCAAGGAGCUCUCAACGGGAGCCCUGGACAGAAUUCGAACAAUUCUAGCUUUGAGGAACUGGGUCCUCUGGAGGCCUUUGGCCAGAGAAGGCCUAGUCAGGCAUCGAGCGGCUUGCUCAGUGUAGGUGGGUCUCCUGUACCAGGGGGACCAGAUCGAAAAAGUUCCCUCGUCUCAGUAUAUGGCAAAGGAGGUCGGAAGACUUCUGUCGUCUCAAGGAGCGCUUCCCAAGAUACGAUUCAGACGCAGCCGACGGUGCUCCGCAAGGACUCGGGCCUAUCAGCGAGACUUCUCAACACAUUUGCGGGGUCUCUGAAGAAUCUCUAUCUGGCCGAUAAUCAGCUUGAUGACGAUGUAUUCGAUGAGCUGAUUAUGCUGGGAGAACUCCGCGUCCUGAAUUUGUCAUACAAUGAUCUCAAUGACAUGCCACAAAGAACACUCAAGAGUUGGCCUCAGCUGGUUGAGCUUUAUUUGUCUGGGAACGAAUUGACUUCUCUGCCUUCAGAUGAUUUCGAAGAGUUCAGCCUUCUCCAGAUUCUGCACAUUAACGGCAACAAGUUCCAGACACUCCCGGCUGAACUUGGGAAAGCCCAUCGACUGGUAAUACUGGACUGUGGCAGCAACUCGCUCAAGUAUAAUGUUUCUAAUUGGCCAUAUGAUUGGAACUGGAAUUGGAAUACCAACCUGAAGUACUUGAAUCUUUCUGGCAACAAGCGUCUUGAGAUCAAACCAUCUUUACCGGGAGGAGCUGGCAGUCGUGAUGGGCGUGAUCUUACAGACUUCAGCGCUUUGCAGCAUUUGCGAAUUCUCGGCUUGAUGGAUGUUACCUUGACUAUCCCAACUACCCCAGAUGAGACUGAAGACCGUAGAGUCCGUACCUCCGGCUCUCUCGCCGGACAACUGGCGUACGGAAUGGCCGAUACCUUGGGAAGAAAUGAGCAUUUGUCUAUCAUCGACAUGGUCGUUCCUAGGUUUAAUUCUACUGAGACAGAGACUCUUCUGGGAAUGUUCGACGGACAAGCACUGUCCAGUGGUGGGUCGAAGAUCGCGAAGUAUCUACAUGAGAAUUUCCAACAUAUUUUCAGCGAAGAGUUGAAGAAGGUUAACUCGACCCCCGACGAGACCCCGGCGGACGCGCUCAGACGAGCAUUUUUAUCCCUGAACAAAGAUCUAGCCACUGCGGCGACGCAGCACACGGAAGAAAGAUCAUUGUUAUCUCACCGAGGCUCAGCCGCACCCGCCGUACUCAGCCAGGCGGAUCUGCAUUCGGGAGGUGUCGCAACAGUCAUGUUCUUGCAGCAAUCUGAGCUAUAUGUUGCAAAUGUCGGAGAUGCACAAGCAAUGUUAAUUCACUCGGAAGGUGGUCAUCGCAUCUUGACAAGAAAGCACGAUCCUGCUGAACCCAAUGAGAGGCAACGCAUCCGUGAUGCUGGUGGAUGGGUUUCAAGACAAGGAAAGCUCAAUGAUAUCCUCGAAGUGUCAAGGGCAUUUGGCUACGUCCAGCUCAUGCCUGCUGUUCAGGCAGCUCCUCACAUCACGCAGGUCACGGUCAAGGAACAGGAUGAGAUGAUUCUUGUUGCCUCAAGAGAGCUAUGGGAGUAUCUGUCACCUGAAAUUGUCGUCGAUAUUGCGAGACUGGAACGGGGCGAUUUGAUGAGAGCAGCUCAAAGAUUACGAGAUUAUGCGAUCGCCUUCGGAGCAACAAAUAAGCUCAUGGUCAUGAUGAUUGGUGUCAGUGAUCUGAAGAAGCGGGCACAAAUCAGACCUCAUCGUGUUCAAAGUCUGUCCUUCAACCCGGCUGCCAUAAUCGACGAAGGCUACGCCCCAGCCAGACGACCAAAGAAGAAGGAGACUGUUGAAGAUUCGGGACUUCGCCGACUGCAGGCAGAGGUUCAAGCACCUGUUGGCGAUCUUAGUAUCGUCUUCACCGAUAUCAAGAGCUCAACACUUCUCUGGGAAACAUAUCCAAGCGCAAUGCGUUCUGCAAUUAAGCUUCACAACGAAGUCAUGCGUCGACAGCUACGUAUCAUUGGUGGAUAUGAAGUGAAGACUGAAGGAGACGCAUUUAUGGUCUCUUUCCCUACAGCUACUUCUGCCCUACUUUGGUGCUUCGCUGUACAGCAGCAGUUGCUCGAAGUACAGUGGCCAUCGGAGGUUCUUUCGAGCUUUCUCGGCCAAGAGGUCUACGAUAACGACCAUAAUCUGAUAUUCAAGGGUUUGAGUGUGAGAAUGGGUAUCCAUUGGGGUGCACCUGUGUGCGAGCAUGAUCCUGUCACAAGACGUAUGGAUUACUUUGGACCUAUGGUCAACCGAACUUCACGAAUUUCUUCCGUUGCGGAUGGUGGUCAGAUCACCGUGUCAGCGGAUUUCAUCUCCGAGAUUCAGCGGUGCUUGGAAACCUACAGCGAGAGCGACAGAUCUGGCUCUACCGGAUCUGAAGAUGCCUUCGACAAUGACAUGCUCAGUCAGUCAAUCCGCCGCGAGCUUCGUUCCCUCAGCAGCCAAGGUUUCGAAGUCAAGGACAUGGGCGAACGGAAACUCAAGGGUCUCGAAAAUCCGGAAUAUAUAUACCUCAUGUAUCCACACGCUCUGUCUGGUCGUAUUCAUUACCAACAGCGGAUUGCCGAAACGGACAAGCUUACGCAAGUGGAAGAACCUGCCACUUUGUCUCAACAGACCCAAUUGAGCAUUGAUACCGAUUGUGUCUGGGCACUUUGGAGUGUUAGUCUACGAUUGGAGAUGCUGUGCUCCAGUCUAGAGGUAGAGAGGGGUCACAACGUCGCAUUGCAGCCUCCCGAAACGGCAAUGUUGGAGAAAAUGAAGCAUAGAGGUGGUGAAGUUACAGACAGAUUUUUGGUGAACUUCAUGACCCACCAAGUCUCUCGAAUCGAGACAUGCAUCUCCACUCUCGCAACUCGCCAUCUCGCAACUGGAAAGGCUCCAUUGACAGACCUUAGUCAACUUCGAGCCCCAAUGGACGAAGUCCUGGAUUCGCUCCAAGAUCAGCUCAAAGAACUCGCCAGAUAUAAAGCUCGUUUUGGAGUUUUACCACCAGAGAAUGCGAGCAGGAGCAGCACCAGGAAAACAAAACGCUUGACGAAUACUUGAGCUUUCCCAUAUCGGCCGAAAGCGAGCGAGCAACACCAUGGUGUAUAGGACAUUACGAUAACUAGCGCAUCGAUUUAUCAUAAACAAUUCGUCAACAUUUGACGCACUUCAGCAAGGCGUUCGUUCACUUUCUUUCUUGGGAAUGGCUGGCUGUAUUGAUGAUUUCAAGGGACCAUAUUUGUAUAGCAUUGAUACUUUUCUUCUCUUUACAAGUUCUCUUUCCGACCGUCGUUCUGUUUUACGAUGCGAAUCAAAAUAGUAUGCGUUAUAAGCAGGAUGGAUUAGGGAUUAGGGAUUUGGUCAUUGUUCUUUGGGUUUAAUUUGACUAGGGUUUGGUACAUUCACGCCUUUUGGGAGUUUUACGCGCUGUGGAAUGGAUAGCACAGGAUGGGAUUUGAAUUCUUCUUUCGUUUUAUGCAUGAUGCGUGCGCGAAAUGGGCUGGGUGCAUUUAUGAUGUACUGGGAGUGAAGACCGAUGGAUGGACGUCUUAUGAUGGCUUUCUUAUAUACUUACGUGAGGAUGGUGCACUUCUGGGAGCUGGGGUGAUCCUGGUAACGAGGGAUCGGUAUAUAUAGCUAAUGAUGGCUUGUGGUGAUUGAAACCUGGUGGCAACGGCGCUUUGGUGAGCGGGGAUGGCUGAGAAAAGGGGAAUACAAUUGUGCAUAUGUGUAUGAAGUAGUUGAUCUCGUCCUGGAUAGGAAUCAGAAUUGGUCGUCGUGCAGUGUCAUGCAAUACAAUGAAGUAGAUACGCUUGAAUGGUUUAUGAAGGUAAGACGUGCUUAUAUGAAGUAU